AUGCAACAGUCAACUUCAAGGCCAUUGACGCUGCAGCGUCCAUGCUUGUCGAACCCAUUGACGUCCGCGAUUCCCGGCCGACAAUCUCACGCUCGAAACAACUCGCAUACACUGCUGCUACCCUCUUCCCUCAACGCAAACCAUCGGGUCACCCGCCGCAAAUCCGUCACCACGCCUGGCCCUAGCUUGGCUGUCUUGUCCGCGGCCGUUGUCAGCGGUGAGCAGACUGCUGCUAUCCCUAUUGCCAACGGUGGCCGCCGAACCAGCACCUCCAAGGCUGCGCUGGCCCGAUCGUCCCUGGUCGGCAGUCUGCCCUCGCCUCCAGCGAGCUUGCCGACGCACAAGACUGUGCCCGAAGGCAAGCAAGAGUCACAAGACAGCGCCAUCGACGAUGACGCCAACGACGUGUCGGCGGACGAGGCUGCCAACUUGCAGGGUGACCGUACAAGGCGGUCCAGUGAUGGCCAGUCUCCUUUGAAGGAUUCAAAGAGGAGCAAUCGCGUCGAGGUUCGCUGCGACAAGUGCGGGAAAAGUUACAAGCAUAGCAGUUGCUUGACCAAACAUUUGUGGGAGCAUACCCCAGAGUGGUCCCUCACUUCAAAGUUGCUCAUUUCGAAGCAUCAGCAAGUACAGCUUCUCGAAGCCGCCUCGGUUCUUGUCGCUAUGAACGGCAAGGAGGACUCUGCAACCCCUCCAGAAUCCACCAAGGACUCUGCCAGCGAGCCUGAUUCGCCAUCGCCUGCUGCCUCUGGCUACUCGGAACAAGCGGAGCACCCGAGCUCGGCUGAUACCACCCCUCCCCCGAUGUUGGAAGAGGCGGGCUUCAACAGACUCGUGUGUCGAGACGGAAAUGGCCUCGGCUUCUCCAGGACCUAUCGCUCAGCCGGGUCGGGAAGCAUGCCCGCCGGGUUCGCGUACGGUCACUUUCGGCAGCCCAGCCACGAUCGUCGACCUCCAUCAUCCGGGGCCAACAGGACUGGGGAAGAGGACCGCGACCUGGCAGCGGCGGUUGAGCUUCUCAGCUGCAGUUUCAACAGCAACAAUGCUUCUCACAGCAGCACGCUGACGGUGCCUUCGGAUGUGCCACCGGUACCGCCAGUCCCUGCCCAGUACCUCGACCAGGCCACUUCCUUUUCAAGCGCCGGCUUCAUCAACAGUUUUCCCCAACGUCAACCAGAGAGCUUCACCAGAGGCGAGUCUCGACGUGGCGGCGAAGACGUGAAGAUGGAAGAGAGCGAUGACGACUUCGACAUGCAAUCUCGAGCUCGAAGCGACGAAGAUGACGACGGCGUUUUCGGCCGCAUGGAGGAAUAA